AUGGCUAAGCGAUCUGGUUCCUGCUGGUUGAUUUCGUGCCUAAAUGCUGACGGAAAUCUCGUUUUCAUGAUCCACGCGGCCCCACUUAUGGCAGCAGUUUCCUAUUUUUUUUCUGCUCGGCUUUCUUUGAUUCAUGCAUCCUCAUAUGCAACAGCUUUUGACGCCGUGCAAUUGAGACAUGUGACAGGCCAAGGCGGCUUCGACAGGGCUUCAGCAGGGGCUAACAUGCUCAUUCACAUGCAGAUUAUCUUGAUCUAUCUGAGGGUGUCGUGGGGUAAAAGGCACCUGAGAAACCAAACUAGCUUUGAUGUCUGGAGGCGAGGCAUUCCCAAAAGGAGGCCUGGAUACCCGGUCUGCGUGUUGGAUUUUGCUGGCGGCGAUGGUGUAAGGGGUGUUGUGGAUAAGCGGGAGGGGGGAGGAAGGGGGGAAGGGGAGAAGGGGAGAAGCAUAUAUCUUCUCGAAGCUACAAGUACGGAUGCGUCUGUAACUAUCGAUAGUCAGAAGGAAGCUCUCGUUCGCUUUCUGUGGACGGGGUUUCUUCAAUGGUAUCCAAUCGACAGAGCGCGCAGCACGUUUGCUUUGGCUGAAUCCUGGUACAAGUUUUCAACCUGUAUAUCUCCAGCCCAGUCCAAGCCUUCCCGUGGUAUAUUUAUAAUUUACUGCCAGGUCAUCAUGAAGCGAAUCUAA